AAGUCGCAGUAGCUGGUUUUAAAUAUUUCAAAACACAAAUUAAAAACACACCUCAAGUUUUUUUAUCAUACUGACAAUAGUAUGGACACUUUGCCAGAGGAGGAUACAAAUUUGUCCCGCGCUGCUUUGCGCGAUGCUGAGCUGCGCAUAAUUGCGAUGCUUGGUUGCCCCUUGAAGGUGCGUCAGGGUAUUCCAGUCUACCAGGUGCUGGUCACAGUGCCGCCCCCCAUUGGCAAGGAGAACUCUCCUCAGCCCAUCAUUAGCUGCAAGCUGAUCUUCAGCUGCUUCACUGACUAUCCGAGUAAUCCGCCCCAUGUGCAAAUUCGUGGCAAGCGAAACUUUCCCCGUCGAUUGGAGUCUGUGAUCUAUGCGGAAUUCGAUCGGAUUAGGCGUGUCUAUAGUGCUCAGCAUAUAAUGCCCAUGGUAAGCAGCGCUUUGUAUAUCAUCGAGUGUGAACAGAUGCGAAUCUCGGCGGCUGCACAGUUGGUUGGCACUAGCGUCGGCUGAAGAUUGUCUACAAAAUUAACAUUGUCCUUUUAUUAAAUUAUUUUUGUUCUGUUGUUGGCUUUGUAAUCUUUGCAUUCAGCUCCAAAUAUAUAAGUUUUGUUUUUUUUUUUUCUAUA